AUGGCGGCCAACAACAAUAAGCGUGCGGCUCAGAACGAUCUCAACAAACGGGGUGGGAAGAAAAACUGGGCUGCAAGGGCCAAAGAUUAUGUGUUGGGGAACGAAGACGAUGAAGAAAGUUCAUCUGACGACGAUGAGGAGGGAACUCGGACACCUGAUCCAAACAAACCAUCUAUGGCAGACAUGAUUGACGCCAGUUUUGCAGCUCAAGAGAAAGCCAUUAUGCUAAGACAGGCAAAAGCAGCAGGUAUCCGAGCAGGCAUUACUCCAUACGAGGCGCGUUACAUCCAAAGGCGGCAAGAUAUUUCAGACCAACUUGCUGAGGACUCUGUCAAGGAGGUUCUCGAGACACACCUUACAAAAGAGCAAAUGCUAUUGUUCAUGCCUGUCCUGUAUGCUGGACCUGGAGCCAUUCUGGAGAUACAAGCACAUAACAAAAAACUCUACGAUGAAGCUCUCAAAAAUGGACCUUUCAAAGGCCAGAAAAACAACAUCAUUACGAAGAUCACCAUGUUACACUAUGGUCUGCCUGUAGAGCCUGUGACGUUGACCAACAUCAACAAUUCCGGGAAAGACGACGACGAUCCAGACGAUGCUCCAUCUUCGCCACCGCGCGUCCAGAGAAUGAUGUGGGCAGAAAAACCACUGGAGUUCUUAGACAAGUAUUACGAACGUGGACAUGGGUUUCCAAUGCUCCGCCGAACUGGUCCUCUACCAAAACCUAUACAACCACAAGGAUUUGUGAAGUUGCGUGGAGGUGGACCUAAGCGAGCAUUACCUGUUCGAUGGCUUUACAGUCAUUACGGUGGCAGACUACCAGUUACCGCGCAAAUGGUAGAUAACCAUCCAACCGUCACAGCUGAGGUAUUCAGGCCGAUCGCACUUCAGCUGCUUGGCUGGGCCGAGGCUGAUGAUUGGCUAUACACUGUCGACCAAUAUCGCAACCAAGAGUCUAACAAGGGCGAAGAAAACAAAGAGUUCAUCAGAUCUUUCCGCAUCACCAAGGCCAACUUCGUCCACAUGUAUCGGCAAUGGAUCAGAAAUCGCGUUUCCAAUACUCUCCAGGACUGGGUUAUGGUAGUCCGCUUUACACAUAAUCCCAGUCAAAAUCCUGCUACUUUUGCCCUACCAGGAGCAGACUCGCCAGGAAACCCACCAGCACCAGGUGAUAUAGAACAGCCCGUAGACGAUCCUCCUCCCGACGAUGACGACAACCCUCCUCCAGGGUCAGAGCAUAGCAGCCUCAUCCCGUCAUCCCAUAGCAGCCCCCGAUCUUCAAACCAUAGCAGCCCCGCACCUAGAACUCGUCCGCCUCCCACUGGUGAGAGGCGGAGGGUCUACCAUCACGAUAGAACGGACGAAAGCCAAGAGUUCACGAAUGAUUGGAUGGAUUUUCGCAACGCGGUCAGGCGGCUUCUAGGAUUGACUGCAGCUUCCAACGAUAUCGCUUUACAGUUGAACUUUUACGGAAGUCAGUUAGGCACGAGGUUCCGCUAUAACCAUUACAUCUCAGUUAGCAGCAACGUUGGCGACCAGGUAUAUAACGAAAAGAUUGCACACUUGAUGUUCAGCGCAACUGGUGGAGAUGACUGGAGACUCUCUGUUCAUCCUUUACCCAAUAAUGGAGUCCCGCGCCCCGCAACACCAAUGUGGCCGCCCUGGGAGAACGUGCCGUAUAACGUAACCGCAACUACUCCUCGCGUCGUACAUCAGACGAGAGAGAGAGCACGCCUCUAUGGACCGACUGAUCGCCCUGCUUACAGGAUAGCGAAAGUAACUGAUCAGGAUCAGGGUACGCAGCUAUUCCUCAACAUUGCUCGGAGGGCGCUCGGUCUACAGGGUGCCAAUUUUUCUUUCCGAGUAGACUUCCAUUCUCGACAGCUGAAUCGAGUCGGCCCUGGGGCGGGUUUCCGGUUCAGUCACCACAUCAUUGUUGACCAGGACAAUAUUAAGCGGAUUUUCAUUGGCAGCAUCAGGACAUACCUGUUUGACAGCGGUGACGAUUGGUUCGUGCGUGUUGUUGAAGCUGAUAACAACACGAGAAGGCCCCCACCACCUGCCCUGGGUCUGCCAGCUACAGGUGAUUCUACAACGGUCACUCCGAUUGUCACCCCAACCGAUCCACCUCCUGGUCCAGAUACUGGAUUCAUCUACGCCUAUUCUGGGAAGAUUCGGAUCAGACAAGACAACGAACAGUCGUUCCAAAAUGGAGCGUUGAGAUUGCUCAACGUAGACCCGCUCACAAAGUGGUGGUUUAGGGUUACUGCAUACCAAGCAGAUGGUACAGUUGAUCCUGCGGUAAAUUCUUUGAUAGUGAAAAAGGAUGAGAUAAGCACGGAGUAUGCUAAGAUCUCUGGCGCUCGAGAUGCUAAUGGAAACUGGCGCGUCUUCGUGCACAGAGGGCUGGCAGCCCCAGCUACCGCCGAUGGGAGAGAGCCUGACGGCGAGCUCAUAAACAUUGUUUCUGUCAAGCCUGCUGUAUCGACAGCUCUUUAUGCCUACUGGAAUAUCCCACGCGAGUUGCUGACAGUCGCUCAUGGUGUCAAUCAAUUUCAACCAGAAUUCUUCCGAGCGCUGCAGGUGCAUUUCAACUCACACCUAGCUCGGCCAGCACACCACAUUAACAUCGAAGGCCAAGACCUUGGAUGGGGAGGUAUGGAGGUCGGGCCAGCACCACUUGAAGCCUUAAGAGGCGUGUACCGUACUGCAGAAACUACACUAACAGCUGCACGAGCGUCUGGACAACUUGGACAGCACCGUCUGGUAUACAACCUCGCACGACUACCGGUGAACCUAAAUUUGCCUCCCGAUGCUAUUGGUAUCCGGAUGGUAGGUAACUCCCAACUGGGAGCCACUUCUCCGGCUGCUCCUUACCAAGAUAUCGCAGAAGAUAUUCUGGACAUUUCUCGAACUUGGGUGGAUGAGGCCCCAGAUCCCCCAGUUCGGGCCGGGCGCCAAGGGGCACUGCCGGAUUUCUACAGAAUAUGGUAUACAGCAGCCGACCGGGAGCAGAAUGUUGGUGGGGAAGUUGUUCCGUACAACCUUGGGACAGCUCUGGGGUUCCUAACUCGGUUCAUGAGCAAUAAUCGAACACGGCCUCCAACGAAUUGUCUGUGGUUCCGCCCAGAGUGGCGUGUGUUUACCGUCCAAAAUCUUGGAACCCUUGCACCAAAUGUGGCAGCCCCCCAAGUGCAAUGGGAUGUGGCUACUGCAGGAGCAACCUUAGUUUCGUUUCGUACGGUGUUCGAACAGCUCCUUAGACUUUCCACUCCUGGCAAGACAGAUGCACAAAUAGCCACCGACGUCUCGUCUUUCCAGAUUACAAGCCCCGGAUGGACUGGCAGCACAAUGGCCACUACGAAAUUUGUCGUCACUAGUGAAACAACGGAGACAGAAUGGCGAAGAGAUAUCUUCGAUUGGUUCCAAGGCAAUGUGUUCUUUGUGAAGAGCCAAGCCCAACUCGAUUAUGUUCUUGACAGAGACCCUCCCUGGGGACUUGCUGAGAUCGAAGCUCCACCUCCACCAUCGCGACCACCUACGCCCGAACCAGUUGCUGUCCCCAGAGGGAACGCUCCAAAAUUCAACAGGCCAAGACUCCUGAAGCUUCAGGAAGAGAAGGCCAAGCCUGUCGCAUUCGAUCCCUGGCAAGCUAAUCAAAACAGACUUGACCGACUUCAACGUGAAUCAUAUUACAAAAACCAGUCUGCGAUUGAGCCUGGCCAGAAGGCUGAACCUCCCAUCUUUGGAAAGUCUCAAGACUUACUCCUUACCACUGGAUCCAAUGUUCCAGAGAUAUAUUUGAAACCGCUCACGGCAACGGAUAUCGACCAAAUCGUUGAGGAGAAUCGGAGGAUUAGGAACAGAAAUCUUGAGAGGCAAACAGCUUGCGCAAUGUGCAAUGAAGCCUUCCCCAAACACAACCCUAAUGCCAUCGUCGCCCACUACAAAGAACAUGCCGAUGCCCUUGCUGCCGCUGGCAAAUGUCCCAUCUGUCAGACUGAAGGAUGGGUGUUCAUGGAUAUGGAUCACAAGAGGCAGCAUUUGGAAGAUCAUUUCGCAAAAACCGAGGGCACCCGCCUUAAGAACUUCUGGGCACAGUAUAAAUGCCCAGUCUGCCUAGACGACCUUACUGGCCUGGAACCUGAGAAGGCCCUUGAUCAUAUUGCAGGACAUACUCCAGAGAUCGUUCGGUACUGUGACCGAUGCAGUUUCGAUACGAAGACAGCCACCAGAAGAGAGCUUGAUCAUCACAACCAGAACUGCCGUGUAUGGGCGUCUGAAGAAGAAGCGGAAAAGAAUCCGAACUUUUGUGGGCAGUGUGGGAGAACUCGACCUGUUGAUGAGACCAACGCCCAACGAAGAGCUCACAAUAAGCUUUGUCGUCCACCUCCUGGUGAAAACUGCAGAAAGUGCGGAAUCGACCUCGAACCCAUGAACGAGAAUGAGUACAACUCCCACAAUCAGAGGUGUGAAGUUCCUCGAGGAUGGCCUGGCACAUUCUGCCGAAGGUGUGGCAAGGACCUGAGCAUAAUGGAUGUCAAUGGUCUGUAUGCUCACCGAGCAGAGUGUCUGAACAAGCCUACAGCCAAUCGUGCAAAAGAUCCUCGUCCAGCUUAUCUGGAAUCCUUGAUGAGGAAAGCAGCGACCGAUGAACUUGCCAAUAAGACGCUAGCAGCCGAACUAGAAAGACGACUGGCAGAUAUCAUUGCCCGUGAGAGAUUGCUAGGAGACCAACCUCCUAACGACGCAGACCUACAAAGACGACUAGAUGAAUGUCUCAACCUUGGCACCGUCAAUCUUGGAAACUGCCCUAUUGCUCAUUGCGAAAACCCUAACCUUGGGCUUUUCACUAGAGCAGAACUCUAUGCGCAUCUCUUAUACCAUAACCUGAACUCUUUCUUGGACUGUCCUUUGGUCCUCGACACAGGUACUGUUUGCGGCACUGUGGUCUCUAUCCGGCAUGCAGGUAUCACUUCUGAAGAAAAGUUGGUAGAUCAUUAUCAACAUAUUUCAGCAAACGCUGCAGACAAUGGAAAUAACAGCGCAGAACUUGUGCGUCUUAGGGCACAGAUUGAGACGCUCAGAAGGGAGUUGCAGCAGUGCCGAGAAGAGCGAGCUGGGCCUCUGGCAGAGUAUCAACGUCGACUACGAGCGCUCCGUGCACAUCAUGACACACUGAGCGAUGAAACAGACACAAUCCUGGCUAGAUGUACCCAGGAGAAAGAAGCAUUUAGACCCCGUAUCGCCACGAUGCGAACUCGAAUAGCCGAUGCAAUUGCAGCUCAACCAGAUCCCAAGACAGCGGCCUCGAAGCAAAUACUCAGAGACAUUGAGGGUGAAGUGGGAGAGCUGAACGCCCAGUUCGCAAGGGUCAGAGAAGAUCAUUGUGAAGACAGGGAAAUCGCUCUGAUAGUGUCAAGUACAGCCAAUGUGGCUGAACUUAACGCUUUAGCUGCUGACAAGCCAAAUCCCAUUCCGGAAGAUCUUGAGAGAGAUUUUGUAGAACUACGAGGACUCAUACGAGCACUCGAGACCAGGAUGGGGGAUUCCAUGCUCGUUUGCGGUGCCUUGACGACGUUGGUGGAUGAUGCGAUCACACAGUUUCGGGAUGAUCUUACAGCAGCCCAGGUCGAUCAAGUUGGUUUCCUCCCAUCUCCACCAGGCGGAUACCGCGUCCGAGGCUCGCCCCACAAGACCUCACCACGCAAACGCUCCGGACCCGCAGGCUCGCCCACGAAAGCGGGCUCGAAGCGCAAGAUGCACAUCCCCGAAGACGAAGAUGACUCCUACGUCCCAAUUCCGUAUCUGGAAGUCGGGACUCCGGCUCCAGUUCCAGGCAUGCGGGGCAAUAAGAGGGCGCGUACGGAUGCGGGGAGUGAGGAGGAUUAUGUGAUUGUGGGCGAGAGUUUAUCUUCUGCUGCUCCGACGAGACGAACUACUAGAGCGACUAGUGGUACUCCGGCUCCUACCUCAGGCGGGCUGACGGUCAAGAAGGCGAGGGGGAGACCGAGGAAGGAUGCUGAUGACGAGAGUCCUGAGACGGUGGGUGAAGAUGAGGGCAGUGAUUCGGUAGUUGUCAAUGCCAGAGCUAGUCCGAGGAAGGGGUCCAAGCAGAGUCCUGCUAAGAAGAAGUGA